AGUUUUCUGCUGUGCGCGUCCCCGGCCGUUCGGUGAUGGUGGUGCUGAUGCAGGGCGCGGGGGCGCGCCGCAGCAUCGUGCAGGGAGCGCGCCUUUAUUGCAAGACAGGACGAUGCGGUUGUCUCUGCGCAUCCUCUCCGGGCUCUCCCUCCGCAAACCGGGCAGACAGGGUCUGCCGUGAAGACCCUGAAUCCUCGUCAUCAUUUCGGUGUCGGUGCUCGACUCUCGGUGUCCUCGCUGCAGCGGGAGGCCCGCACACCGAGCUCUGGAUCUCUUCACCGGGACGCAGCGCUGCGGUGGAUCCACUUCGGCCAUGGCGCAGCUGAGGAAACUCCGAGAUCUUCGGGUUGGAUGAAGGACGAAGAGGUUUCUUAACUUUCCUGCGGGGAGGAGACAAGGAAACCAGCCUGUCGACCGCUUUGAGAUUCAUGUCUGGGUAAAACCCGAACCCUCUCUCGGCCCAGGACAUCAAAAAAAAUACUCAAGGCCCCUCUGGAGCUCCCUGAACCUCAGUUUGAGCACCACCCUGCGCACUAAAGACUCUUCUUCCUCAGUUUCCAGCCCCCUGCGGGUUCAUUUGUUUGUAACUGCAUUAUAUUGGAAGAUUGGUGUAAACAGAGGCAGCAGACAUGAUGGAUGCGGCAGAGUGCGGGGUGAGGGUGAUGUGUCGCUUCAGGCCCCUGAACGAGGCCGAAAUAACCCGAGGAGACAAAUACAUCCCCAAAUUCAAGGAGGACGACACCGUGGUCAUCACGGUGAGUCUGAACCUUCUUUGUUGGUGAUGCUGAUGUUGUCUGUGUGUGUGUGUCUGUCUGUGUGUGUGUCUGUGUGAAGGCUCAGAUACUAACACUGCAGUAUUUCAGAGGAACAAAGUCACCUGGAGCUCUGCAGGGAGGCUGAGAUGCCAAGUGCGCAAUAACAACACAGUGUGGUGAUGGAUCUUAGAGGACUAUGAAAACAGCAGCACAGUCAUAAAAUCUGAAAACAUAUUAUAGGAGAGAGAGGAGGAACAAUAACAGAGACCACUCUCAGAAGUCUGCAGGAUCAUUUUAGGGGCCGUCAGGGAUUUUCUGCAGGUUCAGCUACUGAGCUGCUUCUAUAUGUUUGUGGACAUGAUGCUUCAGAGACUAUAGUGAAUAAAACUGCAGCCAGGUGGUCUAAACAAGGCCUUUAAAACCCACCAUGAAUUAUGCAAAACAUGUGUGAAGAUAAAUUCUGCUCGUAUCUCUGCAGGAUAAGUUCAUAUUAUAAUUAGGUUAGUAACAAACUGCAAAAACAUGAGCUUGUAUAAUUAUAAAUCUGGAUAAACCAGGUUUAGGUGAAUCUAAUCUAAGAGGGUAAUUGUUUGUCUUAAACUCUUAUUGUUUCAAUAACAUCAAACAGGAGCUGAGCUGAUCAGAAAGGGUUAAAAUCAGUAAGUAGCACGCCCCCUUUAGUGCCUGAAAUUUCUUUCCUUUAAAUAAAAUUGUAAUAAAAGUCCUUAAAUACGGAGUUUCUGCUCAGUCUGAAACCUCCAACCUUCAACAUUAAAUUUGAUCCACAGAGACGUUCUGCUGAAGAAUAUUGAUUUUUCACGAUUGCAGGCACUUAGAGGAGGUAACUAUCCAAUAAUCUGAGGUCAAAGGUUAUUCCCACAAUGACUUUGCAUCAUUAAAUAUAAAUGCUGAUUCAGGAGGCCCCGGGAACAUCGGUACACCGUGUUUAUAGCGAGUGGGUGGGGUAACAAGGCUGCCUUUGUGUGCACUGAGGAGAGGACUGCUGUCUGCUUUGUCCUCUUGUUUAAUUCUUAAUAACAUUUCAGUGAAAUUUCAUACGAAUCACUGAGCAGUUUGUCGUCUUCAUGGACGUUUCAUGUGCUUCAGUUUUGUCCUACAAACACUGCCUCUGAUUGUGUUUCUUUGUCUGUAAUUAAACAGGAAAUUAAAGUCAUGUUCGUCAGAUAUUUUCAGGAUUAUUGGUGGAGUUUACGUGUGCAUGCAGACGACAGUUAAGGAUGGUCAGGGUUUACUGCUGCAGGUCGGUCACCGUUCCCUCUGCUGAGUUCCUGCCAUCCAUCAAAGCGCAGAAACACAUUACAGAGGCCACACUCUCCGAUACAGACUGUGUCAGUAGUUUCUCUUCUUCAUCUCGGAGCUUCAGACAGACUCAGAGUGCUGCUGUUUGCUGCCUGUGAGUGCUGAGAGCUGCUUUUUACAGCAAACCGGCUCUUAACCCCCCCUGAGAGACAGAGUCAGGCGUUUGACAAGGGCAGGAGGAGUGAUGGAUGGUCAGAGAUCCUGGAAGCUGCUGGAGCAUUUAGGACGUCCAGAUUUAGAACAGCAGAGUGAGAGAAAGCGGCUGGAGUUGAUGGGGUUUAUGAGCGUCUUUUAGUCUCGUUUAGGGUGAAAGUGUCACAAUAAAUCCAGUAAAAAUGAUCAAAUGAACCUCAUCUCACUUUGUACCCACUCUGUCAUCUUAACACUGAUAUCAUGUGUUGGUCUGAAACAGGGUAAACCGUACGUGUUCGACCGAGUGCUGCCACCCAACACGGCGCAGGAGCAAGUGUACGACCAGUGUGCCAAACAGAUCGUCAAAGGUAGGAUGUUUCCGAGCCGUCUCUUUAAUCUGUCGUGGUUAUCUGAGUUCAUGGAGCAGGAAAAGAGGAGCGAGUUCUUCAGCUUUGUUUGGGUCAGACUGCUGUUGUCAGCAUCUCCUCUGCUUCGUCAGGGUUAUGUAACGUCUUUAUCAUUGCAGGAAUCAGAGCUGAUUUAGUGCCGACUCAUCAGACCGCUCCCCUGAUGUCUUGAACGGUCAUGUGACCUGAGCUGGACGAACUGAAUAUUGUCUCAUUUUGAGAAAGUGGAGCUGAGUUUGACUUUGGUUUAUGACCUUGAAAAGACCUGAUUGAAAUCCUGAAGACGUGACUUUUCUGUGAUUCCAGGAUUUGACUUGAACUCAGGACCUGGAUCAGGUUUACUUUCAAAGACAGUAGACCUGGUUUUGCUUUGGUUCAGUGAUGUGAGACGUGAUCCUGUGACUGGAGACUUCACUUUUUCCAUGAUCCUAGGUCUUAAGACUUGAUUCACUUCAGACCAGACCUUACCUGGACUAAAAUACCGAAGGCUCAGGACUCGGACAUGUCUGGGACUCGAUCACGGACUCUGAGAGUUAUUUGGUUAAUCUAAUCUUUGAAUAAACUCUGAUAAUCUGAUAUUAGCCCAGUGAUAGAAAGAUCUCCAUUACACACAGUUGCAUUAAUGUAAAUAACAAAAGGUUAAAGGUCGUGUUGUUAAACUCCAGAUGGAUGUUUGAGCCUGAAGCUUCAGGUCUAAAGUUCAUCAACACUCGGGUUGGUAUCUAUCAGCACAGAGAAGCAGAAGUCUGAUCUCUGUGUCUCUACAGAUGUGCUGGGCGGUUACAAUGGGACCAUCUUCGCCUACGGACAGACCUCCUCCGGGAAAACACACACCAUGGAGGUGAGAGACUCAGCUGUACUUCCUGUUCUUCCCUGUAGUUCCUCUAGACGAUCAGACAAACCCAGAGAAAGUGUUUAAAGAGCGGAAAUGGAUCUUUGGUCUGAAGGAUCAGAGCUCAGCAGGGAUUGUGUAACAGACUUAAAACCAACAUGAAAUCCUGUUAAGCUCCUGUCAUUAGAAAGCUGCAGGAGAUAAAAGAGUUUGAUUUCCUUCAGAUCUCUAAUUUUAUUGUUUUUAAAGGUGAUCAGAGGAGGUUUCUGAGGCAGUUUGAGGUUGAAGAAGUGAAAUCCAUCCCUACAAAAGCACUCAGAGCAGAUCGGCGUCCUCUGUCGCUCAUCCUGAAUGUAAAUGACCGUCAGACUUUAUUACGGCGACAGCAGCCUGAAGCCUCGUUUUUAAUCCUCCAAUCUGAGCUGUGAUGUCAAAAACCUGGUCUCUGUUUUCACUCUAAUCUGAACCUCUAACCCCAGCUGCCUCUCAGAAAACCUCUCAAACGUUCAAAAGCGUUAAACCUGAUAAUCUGCUGCUGCUGCUGCUGUGUUCAGGGCAAACUGCACGACCCCCAGCUGAUGGGGAUCAUCCCGCGCAUUGCCCACGACAUCUUCGACCACAUCUACUCCAUGGACGAGAACCUGGAGUUCCACAUCAAGGUGAGUGUCCCAUCAGAGUGAAACCGCUGGCUGAUGAAACUCUCAGGAACUAACGCUCUGUGGACGUCCUCUGCAGGUGUCCUACUUCGAAAUCUACCUGGACAAGAUCAGAGAUCUGCUGGACGGUGAGGAGAAUCAUUCAAGUCAGAUUUAAAACAUGUGAAGUUCAGGAGUGAAGCUUCAUUUUGAUCUUCCACAGUGUCGAAGACGAACCUGUCCGUGCAUGAAGACAAAAACAGAGUUCCCUACGUGAAGGUCAGUGAAGCUCUGAUGGUUCUUCAAACCGGACUGAGAACUUCUUCUCUCUCCUGGUUUCAUAAAUCAAAAUAAAAACCUUCUUUUGUUUUUUUUCUGCGUCAGGGUUGUACCGAGCGCUUUGUGUCGAGUCCAGAGGAGGUGAUGGACGUCAUCGAUGAGGGCAAAGCCAACCGUCACGUGGCGGUGACCAGUACGUGUCCGUGUUUGAACAUCCCUCAUUUCCCGCCUUCUUCAGUAUGAAACGAAACGAACGAAGGUCUGUUUGAAUCUUUCAGACAUGAACGAGCACAGCUCUCGCAGCCACAGCAUCUUCCUCAUCAACAUCAAGCAGGAGAACAUCGAGACGGAGAAGAAGCUGUCGGGGAAGCUCUACCUGGUGGACUUGGCGGGCAGCGAGAAGGUCAUUCCUCCUGAAGAUGGGUCACAGCUGCAGAGUGGUGACUGUUUUCAGCGCGUGUUAAGUCAAGUCGUUGUCGGCUGUUUUUCCACAGGUCAGUAAGACAGGAGCGGAGGGCGCCGUGCUGGACGAGGCCAAGAACAUCAACAAGUCUCUGUCGGCGCUGGGGAACGUCAUCUCAGCUCUGGCAGAAGGAACUGUAAGAAGGUUUCUUCACCUCAAAGAUCUGAACACUUCCUCCACCCGAUCAUACGUGACUGUGGUUCCUUCGUUUUCACAGAAAACACACGUGCCCUACAGAGACAGCAAGAUGACCCGCAUCCUGCAGGACUCUCUGGGAGGAAACUGCCGUACCACCAUCAUCAUCUGCUGCUCGCCGUCCGUCUACAACGAGGCGGAGACCAAGUCCACCCUCAUGUUCGGACAGAGGUACCUCACACUGUAGACGUCUGAAUGAAUGAAUGAUGAACACAUGAAUGAAACUCUUACAGGCGGUAAAUUCAGAGUGAAGUUCUGAUCAGGUUUGUUUGAAGUAGGCCUGUCACGAUAACAAAUUUUGCUGGACGAUAAUUGUGCUACAAAUUAUCGCCGAUAAACGAUAUUAUUGACACCGUUUUUUAAAUUAUAGAUAAUGAUAUUAUAUGGCAUAAUAAUGCGAGUACACCGUGUCAAAAGUGAUAAACUUUAAUUUCCACACGAGAACAACACUGGUUGUUUUCGUUGACUAAAAUAUUCCCCACGACGAAGACGUAACGUUGACGAGCUAAACAUAAGUCGGAGAUGACUAAAAUGUGACGAGACGAAAGUGCGUUUACGUUGAUGGGACGAGACGAAAAUGACGAACAGAGUUGCAAAACUCAGUCAGUUAAACGCUUAACAUAUAGGAGCAGCUUCAGUCCGCUCUGACAGCUCUCAUCAGCCUGCUGUGCUCCUCCAACACACAGACACACACGCACGCGCGCGCACACACGUGGAGUUUUGUGGUUGACGAAAACAAAACUGGUUUAAAGCCGAAAUAUUCCCACACUUGGGCUGUUGCGUUCGGUUUCGACACCAAAGCUGUCGUGUUCAUUCUGUUUGCUUGCUUUUCACUCACGACGCUCACUUGCAGCACUGUAUCCAAAAAGUCUGUGUCUGUGUGCCUGUGCGCGCCAGCCCCCUCGUGACAAAGACACUGAAUGACUGACAGGAGGGUUCACUAACUCCGUUCAUUCCGCUAUAGAGCCAACGCCCCCAGGUGCCGAGAAAAAUGCGCAGAGUGAGACCUCUUCUCUCAUCCAGCGUGUUUGGUAGCGAGAGAGGAGGAAAACAAACGCACGUCAAUUAUCGCGGCUGGCAAAAUGACCGACCUCGUUUUUAUUUAUCGAGCGAUAAGGCGAUUUAUUGAUUAUCGCGACAGGCCUAGUUUGAAGAGACGUUGGCUGUGAUAUCUGGAUGAUGAGGAGGAGGAGGAGGAGGAGGAGGAAGGUGACUCAUUCAGACUGGAGCUGACGGAAGUACUAAAACUGGACAACAGAUGGCGUCAGGUUUCCCACUGUGCAUCCGUGUUGAUUUCUGUUUACAGGUCCUUCUACAGAAGAGCGGUUAUUUCCACACCUCUCCUGUUUUCAGAUCCUCCUCUUUUCUUCUUCGUGGUCUACAUUUGUGUGACCAGAUCGUUGUGGAAAAAUCCAGCAGAAAAAUACCACCGUCUCCUCCGAGUCUCAAAGUGCUUACAGUCUGUAAUAAACCUCCGAGCAGCAGAAUCAGCGAGUCAGGAGAGACUGAUCACUGUGCAGCCAUCUGCUGAGAGGAGAUGAAGAGUGAGAGGAGAGACGGCGGAAAAGCUUCAUAGAUUACAUCAUUCUGAGUGUCAUUCUAUCCGUUAUAGCUCUAGACCGGUUCAUGGAGGUCCUGCAGAACUCCUUUUCAAACAUGCAUGCUCCUCUAAAGGUGCUGGAUCCUUCUGCUCCUCUUUCAUUAGUCUGAUAUCUGAUCCUGCAGAAAAUCCAGACCUUCAUUUUGUCAAACUGCUCACAUAACCUUUAGAUCUCUUUACUGGUUUAUUUCCAGUUAUCCUCGACUUCCUGGGUCCUUGUUUUAUGUUCACUUUGGUCGUAUGAUAUGGAAUAAUUUAGAAAAGAUUCAAGAGUUUAAAUGUUUGUUUACGGAGAAUCUGUCUGCUGUUUUACUCCACAGUUAAAGCUUCUCAUUUAUCCACAAACUCAACGUUAAAAUCUUUUGAUUUUCACUCUGUAGCUGUGAGAUGAUCUUCCUGACAUCAAGACUAUCUUCACUCUGCAGGGCCAAGACCAUCAAGAACACGGUGUCGGUGAACCUGGAGCUGACGGCCGAGGAGUGGAAGAAGAAAUUUGAGAAGGAGAAAGAGAAGAACAAGAGCCUGAAGAACAUCAUCCAGAGGCUGGAGGCCGAGCUGAACCGCUGGAGGAACGGUGAGACAAAAAAACUCAGAGCAGAGGAGUGAGGGGUCAGGGUCCGAGUCCGAGUCCAUGUCACGGCUCCCUGAACCUCCAUGACUGAUCCUAAAAUCAGGACUCAUGGUUGGAAAUGUGCUCGAUGUUGGUGAUUUAAGAUGAUCAUCUUCGACCAAAGACGGACACAGAUGUUUGAUGUUUCCUCUCGCCGUGUUUUCUUCAUCUCUGUCACGUUGAAAUCAAACCUCUCCUCUCCUCUCCUCUCCUCUCUCUUUCUUUUUUAUUUCUCUUUUGUUUUUUUUCUCCUCCUGAGCUGCAGAUAAGCUCAGCAGCAGUGAGCAAAGACGCUCGCUGAAAUACACUUUCUGCUGACGCCGUGUUUCUGCUGUGAGUCAGCUGCUGGCUUCACGCCGAGCCGCAGCUCUCUUUACCUUUUCUCUCCCGUCUCAAUCUGCAAGAGUCACUCCGGGAGCUUUAAUCUGGACAGGAAUAUCAUCUGGACUCCAAACUCAAGUGUCAGCUGACGGGUCAAAUGUGUCUUUCAGGUGAGAACGUCCCCGAGGAGGAGCAGCUGAACGCCAAAGAUCAGAAGAGCAUCGAGCAGAACGACAACACCCCCGUCAUCGACAACCUGCCGCCGGCCGGAGGAGGCGUCUCUGUCAGCGGAGAGGAGAGGAGCAAGUACGAGGAGGACAUCACCAACCUGUACAAGCAGCUGGAUGACAAAGUGAGACGAUGGCGUUUGUUCAAAUAAAGACACAUGAGAGUAUCUUCAAAUCUCUGAUCUCUGCUGAAAAUGUUUCCGUCACAGGAUGAUGAGAUCAACCAACACAGUCAGCUGGCAGAGAAACUGAAGGAGCAGAUGCUGGACCAGGAGGAGGUUGGUGUCGCCGCCCCUGAAUCUGAUCCACCCUCGGUUCAUGUAUUUACUGACGCCGCGUUUCUCCUCCAGCUGCUCGCAUCGACGCGGCGCGACUACGAGAAGAUCCAGGAGGAGCUGUGCCGGCUGCAGACGGAGAACGAGCUGGCCAAGGAGGAGGUGAAGGAGGUGCUGCAGGCGCUGGAGGAGCUGGCUGUCAACUACGACCAGAAGAGCCAAGAGGUGGAGGAGAGAGACCAGGCCAACCUGCAGCUGACGGAGGAGCUGCAGCACAAGACGGUGAGAGGGAGGCCUUCAACCCCAAACAUCAGGAGGAGGAGGAGGAGGAGUCUGAAUGUUAGCCAGUUUUCUUUACGUGUGUGUGUGUGUGUGUGUGUGUGUGUGUGUGUGUGUGUGUGUGUGUGUGUGUGUGUGUGUGUGUGUGUGUGUGAACAGGCGCUGCUGUCAGCUGUGCAGAGGGAGCUGAGUCAGCUGCAGGAGCUGAACGGUCUGCAGAGGAAGAGAGCCGCUGAAGUCCUGAACCUGCUGCUGCGAGACCUCAGCGACAUCGGGGCCAUCAUCGGCACCAGCGACGUGAAGGCUGCAGCGGUGAGAACACGCACACACGCACACACACACACACACACGGUAAAACCUGUACACACACACGGUUAAACCUGUACACACACCUCCUCCCCCUCUGACCCCCCUCAGUCCUCAGAGUCGAAGGGGAACGGCUCUGCGGUGGAGGAGGAGUUCACCGUGGCUCGGCUCUACAUCAGUAAGAUGAAGUCAGAGGUGAAGUCUCUGGUGAACCGCAGCAAACAGCUGGAGAGCACGCAGGCCGACGCCCACCGCAAGAUCCAGGCCAAUGAGAAGGAGCUGGCGUCGUGUCAGCUGCUCAUUUCCCAGGUAACGAUCAGACAAAGGUUCGGACGCUUCGGUCAAAGUUCAGCUGAAAAACACGCCGUUUCCUCCUGCAGCACCAGGCCAAGAUCAAGUCUCUGACCGACUACAUGCAGAACAUGGAGCAGAAGAAGAGGCAGCUGGAGGAGAGUCAGGACGCUCUGACCGAGGAGCUCGCCAAACUGCAGGCUCAUGGUCGGUUUAUGACAGCACGCUCAUAUUCAUGUUCUGUGACGAUAAAGAUGUUGGUAACAUGACAUCGUUCCUCCUCAGAGAAGAGACACGAGAUGUCAGGAGAGGAGAAGGAGAAGGAGGACAUCGGCAGACAUGAUGGAGACGAGGACAUCAAGGUGAGGAGGAGGAGGAGGGAAAUAAUCACAGCAGCUGAUAAAAGAAAAACAUGAAUCAACCAGCGUGUGUCUGACCGGCAGAAAACUCUGGAGGAGCAGCUGGAGAACCACCGCGAGGCUCACCAGAAGCAGCUCAGCCGCCUCCGAGACGAGAUCGAAGACAAGCAGAGGAUGCUGGACGAGCUGACCGAGUGAGCAAACACACUCCUCCUCCUCCUCCUCCUCCUCCUCACAUCAUCAUAGAUCUAUGUUAUCUAGAGCCACACUGAUCUCCUCCUCUCAGUCUGAACCAGGGUCUGCUGCUGGAGCAGGAGAGACUCAUGUCCGACUACGAGAAACUGAAGACCGAAGAGCAGGAGAAGGACGCCAAGCUGCAGAAACUCAUGUAGGUACCCCAGAGGGACACACUUCUUACUGACUGAUUCUGACUGACUGGUUUCAGUGAAUGCUGUGCUUUGUGUUCAGACUGCUGAAUGAGCAGAGGGAGCAGGCUCGAGAGGACCUGAAGGGCCUGGAGGAGACCGUGGUGAGUAUCAGACCCAGUCAGACUGAUCCCUGAGGACUCUCAGCUGAGUGUCCAGGUCACAGAAGAACCAAACAAUCAUCUGGAUCUCUGUCAGCUUCACCAUCGACCUGGUUUUAAACUAACUUCUCCAAACUCUGACCUCCAUGUGAGACCUCCUUUGACCUCCUUUGACCUUCUCUGUUUCAGGCCAAAGAGCUGCAGACUCUCCACAACCUCCGCAAACUCUUUGUCCAGGACCUCACCACGCGCGUCAAGAAGGUACACGCCCCCUCCGCCUGGUGUUUGUGGUGGUCGCUUCUCUGAGUCUGACCCGGUUUUUCUCUGUGUGUGUUUUCAGAGCGCAGAGCUGGACUGUGAGGAGGGACUUGGAAACGUGGCCCAGAAACAGAAGAUCUCCUUCCUGGAGAACAACCUGGAACAGCUCACCAAAGUCCACAAGCAGGUAAAGACCUCCAACAGGAGCAGGACCUGCUGAAUAAUGAGCAGGAACCUGUAUGCAUGCAAGAUCUGGUCCUCAACUAAAAACCCGAACUCUGCUCUCCAGCUGGUCCGAGACAACGCUGACCUCCGCUGCGAGCUCCCCAAACUGGAGAAGCGUCUGCGAGCCACAGCUGGGCGGGUCAAAGCUCUGGAGAACGCCCUGAAGGAGGCCAAGGAGAACGCCAUGAGAGACCGCAAACGCUACCAGCAGGAGGUGGACCGCAUCAAAGAGGCCGUGAGGGCCAAAAACAUGGCGAGGAGGGGCUACUCGGCUCAGAUCGGUGAGCUGCAGGUUCAUGUUGGUGAUUCAGAAGGUACAGGAACCUGAAGGACUCCAUCAAAUCCUCUUUGUUCUCUUUGUGCUGCAGCAAAGCCGAUCCGACCAGGACACCACCCGCUGUCAUCGCCCGUCUGCAGCUCCAUCAGGGCCGGAGGAGUCUACACACACAACUAACACGCAGAGGCAAGUCUGUGAGGGUCCGUGAGGGUCCGUUGUGAGGGUCCGGUGUUUUCUCAGAGUCUGAUCUGAACCUCCUUCAUCCGUGUUGUAAAGACGUCUAAACUGUCCUUUUCUUUGUUCAGACUGACCCUACCUGACUCAACGCAUGCCCAUCGCCUCACCUGGAAACCACAAGCCCCGCCCCUCCUGUUGGAGCACUAACGGGAGGCCAUCACCACAGACUGUCAGCGCUCAGAGCAGCAAAACGUCACACGGUGUAAAUACUGACAUGAGAUGUAGAAACCUGUCCAACCGGCUGAAUGUAGAUUUCUGAAAGAACAUGUUCGAUGUCUCUCAUUUGAUUUUAGUGGAAAAUGUCUGAUGAGAACAAACGAAGCGGACCCUCCUGGUCGUGGUCGGAUUCAUCAGUCAUGAUUUUCAAACGAGGCCCUGAGAGAUGGAGACGAGAAGUUUAGCUGAAAGUUUGGAGUCAGAUUUGUGGAGUUCGAUCUUUGUCAGGAGCUCACAUCCAUCUUUAGGUUGCAGUUUUAUUUUCUUUCAGUGUUUGUUUGAAUGUCAAACAUUAAAGGAAGGAUUAGUGACUUUGUUGUUUAGACUGAAACAGGAAAAAGGACAGCGCGCUCUGAAAGUGUCUGCGGUUAGUUUGGCUCAGAGAGCGGAAACGUGGAGAACCGAAGCUGCUUUAAAACUCUGUGAAGGUUGUUUUUUCAGAGUCCAUCCGACUGAAACUCUGGUUUCACAGUUGGAGGGUCGGAUCAGUUUGACCUUCGGCACAGAGUCAGGUGAGCUGUUUCCAGGCUUCCUGCUCAGCUAAGCAGGUGUAGCUUUAUUUGUAGCGUAAGAAACAAUCGAUCCAAGUCUGUCAGUUCUCACCUGGUUGCAGACGGAGGUGAGUUAGAGUCACUAAAUCUGACCUGCAGUGAGUCUGGUCCCCGCUUCUUUCACUUCAGCGCUAACACUCUGAAACUUUGUCCUAUUUUCAUGUUGACCCCUCACUCUUAGGGAGACAAUCACCGCUAAAGGAUCAUUUGAAUCUUCCUGAAGAAAAAAGUCCCAGUUUUAAAAAAAAAAGUCUUAACUUUAAAGAGUUCACAGCUGCUGUGGAGGGAGACGCUUUUCUGACGUCCUGCAGGGACACUGACCAGCCAAUCAGGCGUCCCAGAGAUGUCACGCUCUAAAGCUCCUGAUCAGCCAAUCAGAAACUUACAAAGACAGACAGCAGGUGAAAUGAUAUCGACCAAUCAGAGAAGAGUCUGUCUGUCACUCUGCCACACCCUGUGCCUUUAAAAUCCCCUGAAUCCCAGAGUCCCACAGUAUCCAGAUAUUUAACAGAAGAUUGUACUUUACCCUUUAACCACAGCUGUAUUCAAGUCUGUGCUGCUUUCUUUAGCAUGUUCCUGAAUGAUCCAUGUCAGAGCGCCGACUCUUCAGGCAGCAGACUGUGGGCCCCUGAAGUCCGUCUCUGAGCCUGGUUCCAGCUUCUUCCUUUGUCGUUUGUUUGUGGCUGUUUGGAGCGAUCAGGACGAUUGUAGACCACAUGAACGUGAAUGUAACUGCAUGAAGUCGAGCUUGUGUUUCACGGCAUGCUCAGGGAGGAAAAUGUGGGAGGAGUUUUUGUGCUUUUGUCUCAUCAGGAUGUACUUUAGAUUUUUUAGUUGGUUUGUUUCUUUAGGCUGUGGGAUCAUUACUCUUAUUAUUAUUAUUAUAUCUACAACUGAUGCAGUUAAAGCAAAUAAAGACGUGUCUGUUUCA